GACGUGAACGCGUGUGAACGGAGUGGAGUUAUUUGUAUUAUAGAAGAGAGGGAGGGCGGCAGCAGCAGCAGUAGCAGUAGCAGCAAUCGUUUCAGCGGAGGGGGUGUGUGUUUGUGGGCCAACGAGCUCUGUUGCGAGUGUGUGUAUGUGUGUGCGCAAGCAAGCGAGCAAAGCUGGCGGAGUUCAACAUGGCAUCCGGCGAAACGCUGUACAUAGAGACAGACGGGUCGGAGAUGCCGGCUGAAAUAGUGGAGCUGCACGAAAUCGAGGUGGAGACGAUUCCUGUGGAGACUAUCGAGACGACGGUGGUCGGCGGCGACGACGAUGACGAUCACCAGCCCAUGAUCGCGCUGCAGCCUCUCGUAACAGACGAUCCGAGCCAGGUCCACCACCACCAGGAGGUAAUUCUGGUGCAGACCCGAGAGGAGGUCGUCGGUGGGGACGAAUCGGACCUCCGGGCCGACGACGGGUUCGAGGAUCAGAUCCUCAUCCCCGUCCCCGCUCCCGGCGCAGAAGAGGAGUACAUCGGGCAGACUCUGGUUACGGUGGCGGGGAAAAGCUCCGUGGGGCGGAUGAAGAAGGGGACAGGCAGCGGCAAGAAAGCAGGCAAAAAGAGCUACUUAAGCGCCACCGAGGCCACCGGGAGAAAAUGGGAGCAAAAGCAGGUGCAAAUAAAGACGCUGGAAGGCGAGUUCUCCGUUACGAUGUGGGCGUCAGAUGACAAAAAGGACAUUGACCAUGAAACUGUGGUGGAGGAACAGAUUAUUGGAGAGAAUUCUCCUCCAGACUACUCUGAAUACAUGACUGGAAAGAAGCUCCCUCCUGGUGGCAUUCCGGGAAUCGACCUCUCAGACCCCAAACAGCUCGCAGAGUUUGCCAGAAUGAAGCCACGUAAGAUCAAAGAGGAUGAUGCACCCAGGACGAUAGCCUGCCCCCACAAAGGAUGCACUAAGAUGUUCAGGGAUAACUCUGCAAUGAGGAAGCACCUACACACUCACGGACCACGGGUUCACGUGUGUGCCGAGUGUGGUAAAGCCUUCGUGGAGAGCUCCAAGCUAAAGCGCCACCAACUUGUUCACACUGGAGAAAAGCCUUUCCAGUGCACUUUUGAGGGCUGUGGAAAACGCUUCUCGCUGGACUUUAACCUACGCACACAUGUGCGGAUUCACACCGGAGACCGCCCGUACGUCUGCCCAUUCGAUGGCUGCAAUAAAAAGUUUGCUCAGUCCACCAACCUCAAAUCGCAUAUUCUAACACAUGCGAAAGCCAAAAACAACCAAUGAGCACCUCCGUUUCGUUUUCCCCUUUUACACCUGAACCCAGCCUCAACGCUACAGCAUCUUAACACUGGAGGUUUGAACUGUGCUCUUCUGUAGUUCUCCCAAGGAGCAGGGGCAAAAAAAAAAAGACCUCAAGGUCUUGGGAUAAAUUAUGGCCAUUGUAAAAGACACAAAAGCUAAACAUUGGGAACCCCUCUGUCCUCAAAUCAGCCUGCUAACCUUGUGGCCCUUGCUGCGGAGCAGAGCAGAGCUGCGUCCGACCCGGCUGUCCACAGAUGGCACGUUGCAGCCGGAUGAAUGAUCGAACUCAUGGACACUCAUAGACAUUGCUUUUUACCACAAAGAUGAACGAGAACAUUCGGACAGUUUGCUCCACUUCUUUUCACUUUUACUUAAAUCUCACCAGUCCGCAUAGAUUAGCUUUUAAUUUUGUAUUUCUCCAAGUGUGCAUAUUGUACACUUAUUUUUGGGAUAUGCUUAGUAAUGCAACCUUGUGAUCAUUCUUUAUCCCUAAGGAUUUAAGGUUUUGCUUAGGACAUGUUCUUCUUGGAAGGGUAAGACAAUACUUCAGAAGUUACUGUAAGACAAUACUUCAAAAGUAUUUUAUGUAAAAAGUUAUCUUUUUCUGUUUCUUUUUUUUCUUCUUCUUUAUUUGGUUGUAAUCUAACCACUGAAUAAUCUUGUAUACGUGUAUCGUAUGGCUGUAUGGAGAUCAUGUAGAAAUGGACGACAGCGUGAUUUCAAGUGUUUACUGCUUUGAAGCGUUUAGUCAUCAGUUAAUUUCUCUUUUGUCACAUUUGUCUCACUUGGCAAAGAACAUUCAUUCACUUUUAAACCCAUCUCACAAUAAACCACAGUGUGAUCUAUCUUUUUUUUUCUUUGUUUAGAAUGUAUUGUAAAGGCCUAAACCAUGAAAUAUUCUUUGUUAAUAUUUACAUUUCCAUGUAUUUCAGUGAGCUGCAAUUAAAAAAAAAAGGAGAAAAACUCAAAA